UCCAAUUGAUCACAUCGUUACAAAGAAUCGCUAAAGCCGAAUUCUCCACAAUCCCAAAUCAUUCCCAAUACAAAUAAUCUAGGGUUUUAAACGAAGAUGAGCUCUCCAGGAUCAACGAAGGGAGGCAGAGGCAAGCCCAAAUCCUCCAAAGCCGUUUCCCGAUCUCAGAAAGCCGGCCUCCAGUUCCCCGUUGGCCGUAUCGCCCGCUUCCUUAAAGCCGGAAAAUACGCUGAUCGCGUUGGUGCCGGUGCCCCCGUCUACCUCUCCGCCGUCCUUGAGUACCUUGCCGCUGAGGUUCUUGAACUCGCUGGAAACGCGGCUAGGGAUAACAAGAAGAACCGUAUUGUUCCGAGGCACAUCCAACUGGCCGUGAGGAAUGAUGAAGAGUUGAGCAAACUUUUGGGGACUGUUACGAUUGCUAACGGUGGCGUUUUACCCAACAUUCACCAGAAUCUGUUGCCGAAGAAGAGUGGUAAGGGAAAGAGCGAUAUUGGCUCGGCUUCACAAGAAUUUUAGACGAUUUUCUUUCUUUUUUUAGGGUCGUCUGAGAGAGGGAGAGUUUGUUGUCGCUGGGUUGUUUCGUGAACAUGGGCUUGAUCCAGCAUAAUAUUGAUUUUGGGUGGUUUUUGCUUUUGUCAAAUAUAGCAUAUAUGUCGUGCGAAUUGAAAUGCUAUAUUCUUGUCCAUACCAUCAAACCAAUAAUACAAAACAAGGUUUUCAUAUUC